AUGGAGGGCGAUGCGUCUGGCAAGAUCGUCGCCUUUACGCGGCAGGACAAUGUGGCCUACAUCACACGCUUCGUCAUGAUGGACUGCUUUUCGCCGGACAAGAACUUCGCCUUCAUGACUGUAUUGUGCUGCAUAAGCAUGUGGGGGGGCAACUUCGGCGAGGACGUUCAUCUUCAAAUCUUGAAGCACUUGUGGCCAAAGGGAUGGCGCCUGACGAGUAGCAUUGUGUACCAACCUGUGAGGCCGUGUCUUUCCGUCAAGAGGUACCGGAGAGGUUGGUCGCCACACUACCAGAAGACACGUCUGCCCUGA